AUGGGAGAAGUCAGGAUUUCACUUGGAGCUGGCGACAGAGGUUUGGAGAAUCCAGCGUUAGAGCUCACGGUAACACCGCCACUGCUUGUUAGCUCUGCCCUUUGCAUUUUCUCAAAAGAGAACCAUGUUGUUGUUGUCAUUGUUUAUUAAUUUAUAUAGCGCUUAAUGAUAAAAUAGGCUUCUAAGCAGUAGAAAAACUGUACAGUACCUUUGUAUGCCUAGACAGAGAGAGCAAAGGCCACCUCUGGUGCAUUAAUAUCAACUGCUGCUUUAAAAGCAUUUAUGAACAGGAAAUAUUUCCCUGUGCCCUUUGGCAGGAAGCAGACAGAAAUCCGCAGGUGGCAGAGAACCCUUGGCCUUCUGAGAUCAAGGAGGGCAAUGAUGCGCAUGAUACUUCUUUCCAGAGGUAUGGAAAAUAUAUCCUUUAUUGACUCAUUCUGCAUACAUAAACAGUUGUUAGACACUUUUAUUUGCAUUGUGCAAAUAAAAAUAAAGCCACAAUAAAGCUUAAAAAUCCAGCCCAGCUUAACCCCCAAUUUUAGAACUGAUCACAAUAAAAGACCAUAUAAAUCAUAGGAUUUGAGAACAACCAGCAAAUGCAGGAUACUUUAAGGUUUGGACAGGUACUUACAGGAGGAGGUAUCCCUUCUAGACUCCCCCAGCAGCCUCAGAAUUGGAGGGAAGGUGGUUAUCCAAAGUCAUACUGCUGCAUUUCUGGUCCCCACAGCAAUGACUUGAAGGGGCAUCAGGUAAGCACCCUCAUCUGCCACUCCCCCUCACCUUUUAACAAGAAUGAAGGGAGCCACACAGCUGCAGAAGCUCCUCCAGCCUCUUGCAGGACACCUGGGACUGCUGGAGCUACAAAUGGCAGCCCCAUUCCCCCUCUUUCAGACAUGCCACCCAGGCUUAUUCUCUUGGUGUGAUUCUCUUCAGGAUCAAGAAUGCAGCAGCUGAGCCUUUCUCUAAAGCAAAGUGCUUUUGCAAGGCUCAUGCCAAGAUACUACGGAAGAUCUUCUUGGGCAUCCUGUGUGCAGGUGAGGCCUAUUAUUCAUACACACACCUUGACACCUUUGUGGCACUGGAAGGAGUGGGGUGACACACCUAAUAAUUUGGGUUUUCUUUCCUUUUGGUAAACCUCUAGGCCACAUGAGCCGAUCAUAUAUGACCCCUCUAAAAGUCUCCACACCAAUUGUGGAUGGUGACAUUGGGGCAGAGCACUCUGCUGAAUAGUGUUUGGGAGGGGGAGAAGUGAGAUGAUCUAACAGCUUUCCCCCCAUGGAAUUGUAAGGAUUGUCUAGUCCAACCCCCUGCAGUACAGGAACCUCAGCAUUCUGAGCAAUUUCAGCUCGUGUCAUGCUGAAUGCAACGUGAUUGUUAAGUUCAAGCCGGUAUACGAAGGAAGACAGGAAGGUGUAGGAAGUAAGCCCAUUGCUUUCUUCACCAAUAUGAAAACAAUGUUCCCUGGGGAAGACCAAAAUUCUCCCGGUGUUUCAGGAGGAGCUUUAAAAAAAAUCCAAAUAAAUUUUGGCUCAGAUGGAACAUUGGGAGGGAUCUUUGAUUGAGAGUGAAGUGAUGAGCACUUGUAGGAUAUAGCUCCCCUACAGAGCCCUCUAGAAGCAGUUGUGUCUGGUGCCCAUUGGGACUGGUAGGGCAGAAGACAGGGAGCCUAACAGUAGGUGGUGCCAGAGGCAAUUACCACAAGACUUAAUUCUGCAUUUGUAACCAUCUGCUAGGGACGCGGGUGGUGCUGUGGUCUAAACCACAGAGCCUAGGGUUUGAUGAUCGGAAGGUUGGCAGUUUGAAUUCCUGCAACGGGGAGAGGUCCCAGCUCCUGCCCACCUAGCAGUUUGAAGACACAUCAAGUGCAAGUAGAUAAAUAGGUACCGCUCCGGCGGGAAGGUAAACAGUGUUUCCGUGUGCUGCUCUGGUUCACCAGAAGCGGCUUAGUCAUGCUGGCCACAUGACCCGGAAGCUGUAUGCCAGCUCCCUCAGCCUAUAGAGUGAGAUGAGCACCACAACCCCAGAGUCGUCUGCGACUGGACCUAAUGGUCAGGGGUACCUUUACCUUUUUACCUUCCUGCUGAGUCCUACAAGUGCAACAUUGAGACUAGGAAGCUGGUUGUUAAGUAGGGAGGCAGGGGUUGGCAAAGGGCAGGCUGAGAUUGAUGGAGCCGUGCCCCCUUUGUCCUAAUGGACCAAAUUCCAAUAUCCAGAAUUGCCCACAGCUGUUUGCUAUUGAAUGUGGCCGAAUAAGGUGGGACGACUUGCUAGAUUUCAACAUGGCCUGGAGAGAAUAAUAUCUUGAUAACUACAGGGAGAAAGCGGAGCCCAGCCGUGCACUGUUGGCAAAGGACUUGACCCACAGGUGCAUUUCCUGACCUUUGCAUCUCUUCUCUCUAGGCUAUGUGGCCUACUUCAUUGCAGCCUGUUGGCUGGACUUUGACCGAGCCUUGGCGUUGGUCGUUUUGACUGCCCUGGUGGUUUGUUUCAUGAUCUAUAGCAUGGUCAAGAAAUUCUGGGGUUCCAAGAUUUUCCAGAUGUUCAGCCCUUUCCGAAAAUGCUGCCGGAGCAUCUGGCCAUGGCUGAAAUGGUGAGUUCGGGGCUUGCUGCACAGAUCUGAAUAGGAGCGAUUUAAUCAUUUAAUGAUUAAAUAAAUUAAAAUUUAAAAAAAUAGGAGCGAUCUCCGCCCUCGUAUCCAUCCAUUGUGAAGACUGCAAGGGAACCUUUUGCAAGUAUGCUCAGGAUGGUGCAGUUCUCGACUCUCUUAAUCUGGCAGCAAACCCCACUGAACAAAAUGGGACUUACCUCAAAGUAAACCUGUAUAGAGUUGCACUCUGUAAAUGUAUCUUACUGUAGAUGGACAGCUCUGCAGUGAUUUAUUCCACACUGAAAAUUAACAUUUUCCUUAAAACUACAGCUAAUUUUUUCAGUCUUAAAUACAGUUUUCCACAUUUUGCAGCAUUUCUUUAUUUCUUUCUUUUGGUGGGAGGUCAACACUCAUGAACGAGGGACGCGGGUGGUGCUGUGGGUUAAACCACAGAGCAUAGGACUUGCUGAUCAGAAGGUCGGCGGUUCGAAUCCCCGCAACGGGGUGAGCUCUCGUUGCUUGGUCCCUGCUCCUGCCAACCUAGCAGUUUGAAAGCACGUCAAAGUGCAAGUAGAUAAAUAGGUACCGCUCCAGCGGGAAGGUAAAUGGCGUUUCCGUGUGCUGCUCUGGUUCGCCAGAAGCGGCUUAGUCAUGCUGGCCACAUGACCCGGAAGCUGUCUGCGGACAAAUGCCAACUCCCUCGGCCCAUAGAGCGAGAUGAGCGCCGCAACCCCAGAGUCAGUCACGACUGGGCCUAAUGGUCAGGGGUACCUUUACCUUUACCUUUAAACACUCAUGAAAAUUAAUCAGCAUUUUAGUGCAAAUAUCUUGUAAUGAACACAUUUGUAUGGGCAAUUCUGACUAAUGUACACAUUUUUGCAAGCAAUUUUGUCCAAUAUAAUGCAUUUUUGUAUGUUAUUUUUUGCAAAUACCUUCAUUUUUAUGCAUGCCUCCCCCUAAAAUAUAUAUUUCUGUGAACACCAUUUGUUUGGAGAACUGCAUCGCAAAAUUCCAGUAAGAGCAAAUUUCAAAGGAUGAUUGCAUUUUGGUUCAUAGAUUGUUUGGGAAAGCACAAAUUUGAAAGAUUCAGCAUCAAUUGCUUACUGAAUCAAAUCUGUUUCCCGUCCCUAAAUGCAAUGUUAUACAAUAAAAUGGCAAAAACAAAAACCCCAAUAGAAAUGGUAGAGAACUUCAUUGGUUGAAGAACUUGGUGUUCUGUUGGCAAGCAAUGUGCCAGAAGAAAGAGCUCAAAAGACAACAGUUCAGUUCUAUAACCCUUCAAUCCAGCAGGCCACAUGCUUGCUAGAAUAAAACUAUCUUAGCUAGGCAGUGGAAGGGGGUGAGGUGGGGGAUGAAUCCCAUAAUCAUGCAUGGACACGGUCUUGCAUCCCAACCAUCAGGAUCCCAUCAGAACAGCCUCCCCAACAAAUCUCAUUUAUUUAGCAAAGCCUCUCUGGGUGUAUCUCUGCAGUGAUGGUGAUCUGCUUCCCUCCUAGGGUGCUGUGUGCAAUCAUUUUGAUCGGCCUGGUAGUGUGGCUGGUUCUUGACAUGUCCCAGAGGCGAGAGCAGUUGGUGUCCCUGGGUGGCUUCGCUGCGCUGGUGCUGGUGCUCUUUGUCUGCUCCAAACACCACGGAGCCGUAAGUAGCUGCAUUCUCUUUGGCCUGGGGUCCUUAGAUGAUGUGAUACACCUGCAACCCACACUUUUCCGCAGAUGAUUUGAUACAUCUGCAACCCACAAUUUCCUGCCACCUUCCCAGUCUAUAAAACCCGCAAUCCUAUGUAUCUAUCCCUUGGAGUAAUCUUCUCGGAGUUCAGUGGGGCUUAACUUGAGAAUUAGCAGUCAUAGAAUUGGGCUGAGGUUAUGCUAGAGCUCAGGCGCCAGAUUUUAAAUAAAACCUGCAAAGUGGUUGGGCAAGAUAGAACUUCGUAACGAUAAAACAGUUACGGUGGGGUGGGUGGGUUGUAGGCCUUGCUUGAUGCCAGAAGUCCAGAACUGGAGCAUUCCAAUAAAUGGCAGUCCAGCAUCUGUUUCUGAAGACAUGCAAUGAAGGACAGUUUAUUUAUGCCCUACUUUUCCAGGCAGUCUAUGAGGCAUGCCUUUCCCCAUUUUAAUUCACGUGAGUUGGGACUGCCUGAGAGGUCAUUCAGCAAGCUUUAUGGCUGAGUCAGAGCCUGGACAUAGACCUCCCCAGUGUUAGCCUGACGCUCUAACCACUAGGCCACACUGGGUUACUCCAUCUGCUCUGCUUUUUCCCUUUGGGGGCAACAGCUGACAAGUUCAAAUGGCUCCCAUUCAGUUGAGUUGCUCACUUAAGACCCUCUCUCAUGGAAUCCAAUUGAAAUAUGUAGAACUUGAGCUGAUUUUUUGGACUUUGCAUAGCAACCACCCUAUUCAUGCUGGGGAUCAUUGGUGCCUCCUACUCCAGCGAAUUCGAGAAAUCAGUGUGCUUUGUUAACCCUGAGGUUAGUACUUCUCCAACCUGGGGCUAACAUUGAUUCUCACUGACACGUCCCUUGGUUUCUGUAUUCACAAGAUUCCCUCUUGUGCUGUGUUGCAGGUGUCGUGGAGAGCUGUGUUCUGGGGGCUUGGCCUGCAGGUUAUCCUUGGAGUGUUCAUCAUCCGGACAGAACCUGGAUUUCAGGCCUUCCAGUGGCUGGGUACUCAGAUUCAGGUGCAGAGCAGUGUUGUUGGAAGUGACUAUAUCUGAGUGCGUUCUUUGCACUCACCAGCUCCCACAUUCAGCCCCAAUUGCAGAUCCAGUAGCAUCCUCUACCCAAGAUCUUGGAGAGCAGCUGCUAGAUGGAAUAAACAGGACUGGGUUGGUUCAAGUUCAACCAAUGUUCAGACUUCAGUAUUAGGUAGAGGUAGCCAAUGUAGAGCCCCGUGAAUAUUGUUAGACUCUAAACUCCCAUCCAGCUGAGCCAGCAAGGCCAAUUGUCAUGAACGAUGGGACUUGCAGCCCAAGAACAUCUAGAGGGCACCACAUUGGCUACCCCUGGUGCAAGGCAGCUUCAUGUCCAAACAUCCUAACUUAGGGGGAUGAGAGCGGCCCUUCCUGAGACAGGUGGGAGUGGCAGGUGUCUUGAAAAUGUGAAAUAAAGACCCUGGCAAAUGGAAGAGGCAAUGCAGGGUGUUCACAGUAUAUAAUAAUGCAUUCCAUUAGGGGUGCAUCAAGCUGUUCCAACCAGUGGCGUAGCGUGGGUUGUCAGCACCCGGGGCAAGGCAAGUAAUUUGCGCCCCCUAACCCGUGGAUUUUAGCACUGAUUUUAGCACUGCGAGUGCGAGCGCGCCCCCCCAUAUGUUGCGCCCAGUGCGGCCGGCCCCCCUGCACCCCCCACGCUACGCCACUGGCUCCAACACCACCCUGGUCCACAGACAGUGAGCUAGCAUAGCAGUUUGAUUUCCCUCAAUGGGGUUGAACAGAACUGAUUCAGAUGGCAGGGAGCCACCUAACUUUGGUGGUAGCAGCAGUGGCAGUGCAAUGUCAAUACAGCUCUCCUUCACUUAAUACCACCACCUGUGAAGGGACUUCCUCUUCCCUUUCUCCCACCACUGUCACCAUAGAUGGCCAAAGUAGCCAGAGGUCUUGCUCUCUGACUGUUGCCAUCUUUCCUUGCUCCCAGCAUGCCAGUUAGCCAUAGUGUUAUAUGCAGAAGGCCCCCAACAUCUCCAGGUACGACCGGGGAAGAUCCAGUCUGAAACCCUGGAUAUCUGUUGCCAACCCUCAACUAGAUAAUCUAAUAUAAGGCAGCUUCCUAAUGGUGGCGGCAAGGGCUCUUUAUGGGGGAAGUGGUGGGCUCAUUAAAAAAAAGAGAGUCUCUGAUCAGCAGUGGGGAAAAGCUAUCUAUUGUGUGGUGACCAGGGUCAUGAGCCCUGAAUAAGACUUGCACGAGUAGCACCUCUGGCUUCACAACAAUGCUUGAACUGUCCACUGUAACAUCAUAUGUACAUUUCAGGAAAGAUGUUCCAAAAUAAGCACAGGUCUCCACCUUAUCCAAUGCAACUGAGUAAAGUCCUGUGCAUACUCAUUCUCCCCAAUGUUCUCUCUGUUCCCUUAUAGACAUUCCUGAACUACACCACAGCUGGUUCCAGCUUUGUCUUUGGAGACAAGUUGAUCCAAGAGGCGUUUGCCUUUCAGGUUAGCUUAAGCGGCAUGUUUGACUCUAAUUUCUCUCUCUCUCUCUCUCUCUCUCUCUCUCUCUCUCUCUCUAUCUCUGGCCUCAUCCUUCUCCCAGUCAUCUUUGCUAUUGAGUCCUUGACACAAGAAGCUGGCAUUUCAUUGUGUGGUUGGAUUAGGAUAAGACCUGUCUGAGCUGUGGGCUACAGUCUGGGCAACAGGCCUAGUGUCAUUAUGUAGCAUAGUGGGACAAAAAAUGCCAGGGUCCAUGGAGCCCAUCUGUGGUUGACAUCAGCAUUCUUAAUUUUUAUUUCUUUUAAGAGCCAGGUCCUUUGGAAAAUUCAUGCCAGGCCAGGUAGUUUUAGCUGCCACCAUCUUCCCUGUCUCCAAUGCUUCUGGGUUCUGUUCUGAUGUGUACUGCGUAUGUUGGAGACAUUGGGGAAAGUGAAGAGGGCAGCUAAAGCAGCUUCACCGAGUGCUUCUCUUUUCAGCGCCAGGAUGAGGAAAUCCUGGGAGAUGAGAGCUGCUGUGCUUUCCCCACCAACACCUGUCCCUGCUGCUUUCUGCCUCCUCUUCCCCCAAUAAGCUUAGAGGUGGCAGACACAAGAGCAUCACUUAGGAGGGCACCUUGCCCAUAACCUCCACAAAGCAGCUGCUGUCUUCCUGGAAUUUGCACUCACAAAUGCUCCCAAACCAGCCAAGUGGUGAGUUUCUGGCCAUUGUGUUAACUCCACAGAUGUCCAGCCAUGUUAAGUCUACUUCGCUUUGCCAGUGUGGGCCAUUGGACUAGCUCACUGUGUCCAGGAUUUCUAUAACAUUCUGCACCUUACAAGCUGUUCAGACCUUCUGUGCUCAAUCAACCCCUAUAUAUGCUGUGUUGUAGGUUGUCUAGAACUCCCUAAAGCCUGACGUUCACUGUUUGCUUUCUGCCCCCAGUCAUUGCCCAUCAUUGUCUUCUUCAGCUGUGUGAUGUCCAUUCUCUACUACCUGGGAGUCAUGCAGUUCAUAAUCCUGAAGGUAAUGCUGAGCACAAGGCUCUGGGCAGUGGAGAGAUGCUUUUGAGCCCCCACUGUGUAGCUGAGGAGGGUCAACCAUUUCUCUCUACCAUGCAACUUAUUCUAAAAGAUCAUGAAAGAUCUCUGGGCUCCAGAGAAAAACUCCCAAGAUAAGUGUGUGUGAAGAUUUUGGACGAUGUGGAAAACCUAGGUAAGGCACUGCUGCCUGCUAGUGGGGAAGGAGGUCAUGCCACAAGGAUGGAGAAGCAGUUGCUCUUGCAGGAAAGAUGAGGCAACCAACAUGGCUGUGGUAGAGAGAAGGGGGCAGGAAGAGUGGUUGCUGUCACAAAGGGGAGGGUUUGUUGAUGGAAAGUCAGUACUAGGACAUGUGUGAUGGAGGGGAUGAGAAGCAGGGACCAACUAUGCUAUCUGCAGAAAAGGAAGGAAUACAUGAAGCCUUCUUAUACUGAGUCAAAUCCUUGGUCUACAUAGCUCCAUCUUGUCUACUGGCAGCAGCUCUCCGACAUUUCAAGAGAGGGGUCUUUUGGCCCUAUCUGGAGACACCAAAGGCUGAACCCAAUAAGUUCUGCAUUCGCUCAUUGCUAAGCUUCAUAGCUAAGGAAUGGGUAUGGGGAAUGGCUGUGCUUGCAAGGUGAGCUAAACAAGAGCAAGAGGAAAAUUCAUAGCUACUGAAGAUCUUUGUUGUCAAGUCUUGGGGCUCAGGUGGCCUCAGUGGCACAGAGUGCCUUCCAUCAGCUUUGGCUGGUGACCCAGCUACCCCUUAUCUGGACAGGGAUAGCCUAACUACCGUUGUCUAUGCUCUGGUAACCUCAAGGUUCGAUUACUGCAAUGCAUUAUAUGUAGGGUGUCCUCUGAAGACGGUUCGGAAACUUCAGUUAGUGCAGAAUUCAGCAGCCGGGUUUCUCACUGGGGCAAGACUUUGAGCAUGUUACACCGAUCCUGGUCCGACUGCACUGGCUACCAAUUAGUUUCUGGGCCCCAUUCAAAGUGCUGGUUUUAAUCUAUAAAGCCUUAAACGGCUCAGGACUCAAAGCAAUACCUCAAAGACCGCCUCUUUCCAUAUGAACCUACCCAGACCCUGAGAUCAACUUCUGAGGCCCUUCUUCAUGUGCCUCCUCCAUGAGAGGUCCAGAGGAUGGCAACACGAGAACAGGGCCUUCUCUGCAGUGGCUCCCCUUUUGGGGAAUGCUCUCCCCAGAGAGGUUCAGCUGGAGCCUUCAUUAGACACCUUUAGGAGCCAGGCAAAAAUGUUCUGCUUUAACUAGACUGAUUGACAUCCAAUGCCCUUUUAAAAUGUGUUGGGGACGUGGUGGGUUAUGGGGUUGUUCUUGUUUUGAUUAUGUAUUCUGUAUUUUUCUAUCGUGAUUUUAUCCUGUGAACGGCCCUGAGACCUGCGGGUGUAGGGCAGCAUACAAAUUUAAUAAAUGACAAUUAUUAUUAAUAAUAAUACUAAGUCUUGCAGGCUGUGUGACAGGGCAGUAAUGCCCUCUGACCAUCUCCUACUCCUUCCUGCAGUUGUCCUGGCUCCUGCAGAUCACCAUGGGCACAGCAGCCACAGAAUCUCUGAGUGUGGUGGGGAACGUGUUUGUGGGAAUGGUAAGAAGGGUUUCUCUUGAUUUUACCCCUGCCCCAGGCAAACCUUCAUUAUACACCUUUAGGGACCAGGGAAAAAAACAUUCCUCUCCAACCAGGCUGAUUAAUGUCCUACACCCUUUUAAAUGUGUUUGUGGGAGGGGAUAGUGGGCAGGGGUCAUUGGUUAGUGUGUCUGUUGUUCUUCUUAUGCAUUUUGUGUUUUCAUCUUGUAUUUUUAUGUUGUGAAUUUCCCUGAGAUCAACUGAUGAAAGGCACUAUAUACCAUCAUCUCAAAAUGCCCAAAUUUGAGCACAAUCAGAUCAGGAGCAUUUUACUUCAAGACUGUGAUUUGUUCUGUUUUGUUCCAUUUGCUCUGGAAGCAAAAAUAUCUCUAAAUUCACUACUUCUGGGAGUGCUGUCUCUAGGGCUGCAAACUAGGGGGCAAAAACUCUGCAACAUGUGCCUCUCCCCUUUUUCCCCCUUCUGCUCCCCAGACAGAAGCGCCACUGCUCAUCCGUCCCUACCUGCUGGACAUGACGCGGUCAGAGGUUCAUGCUGUGAUGACUGGCGGCUUUGCCACCAUUGCCGGCAGUGUGAUGGGAGCUUACAUUUCAUUUGGGGUGAGUCAGCAAUGCAGAGAGCUACCCAAGGUCCUGGUUGUAGAAGGCAAGUUUCCAUUUUACCAUAAGUGCCCUUUCUGGAGGGCACAGUACUUGAGAGAGUAAUGGCUGGACAACUCCAAGGGCUCUUGCAUUUAGCUUAUUGGUCUGGAAUCCGUAUAAAUAUGGUUUCACGCUGAGGUUCACAACAGAAACUUCCACCACCAAACAGGCCCUGUCUCUCAUUGUCCAUCACAUGUCAAAGAGCAAAGUGGCUUGCUGGAUUUAAUAUGUAACAUUUUUUAGUUCUUUGGGGACACCAAAUAUGCCUGCCAUCCCAUCAUUCUACCGUAUUGUGGUGCUACUGAGAUAUGCAUCCAAGAUCACAAUCCUGCAUUUACAUCCUGCUACAGAUUGAUGCCUCAUCCUUGAUUGCUGCUUCAGUAAUGGCAGCACCUUGUGCUUUGGCUAUGGCUAAGCUCGUCUACCCAGAAGUGGAAGAAUCUAAGUUCCAGAGCCAGGAGGGCGUGAAAAUUGCCUGUGGGUGAGUGUAGUCAGAGCACAUGAGGAUCAUGAGGCUGCCCAAAGGAUCCUGGAAGGGUGCAGGAUUAAGUGGGAAGAGGGGUGCAGAACUAGGGGAGUCAACAUUUGAGAGACACAGGAGCAUCUUUGCACAACUUCUCCAUAGCAAAGAGAAACAGAGAAACCUUGGAAAAGAAGCCAACGUGAAGUAGGGAGAACUAUUGCAGUAUAGGACUCAGUUGAUGAAUCUUUGGCUCUCCAGAUGUUGUUGCAUUCCAUCUCCUAUCACUCUGAGCCAGCAAUGGCCAAUGAGAGCUAUACUUCAACAUCUGGAGGUUCUACCCACCCCAGCAUGUUAGCCAGAGACUGCAUGCACACCCUGCCAGUAAUUAUUUGGCAUGAGUACUUAACUGCCCCAGUGGAAUCAACAAUUUAGACCAUUUACUGCUAUAAAUAGAACGACUGGAGUUGCUCCUCAUAUACAAAUCAAAAUAUGCGCAGGUCUAAGUCAAAUGGGAUUAAUAUGCGCAGGUCUAAGUCAAGUGGAUUAACAGCUAAAUAAUGCUCAAAUGUGGACAAGCCCUCAGAUAGUAGGAUGCAGAAUUGUCUGCUGAGCUCUACGUGGUGGAGCUUUGUAUGUCAUUGCUGCUUUGCCAAAGGAGGCAAUUUUUGGGCCUGUUUUCUUCUCACUUGGUGUAUUGUUGGUGCAGGGAGGAGAAAAAUGUCCUGGAAGCUGCCAGCAAUGGAGCAGCCGUCUCUGUGGGGCUGGUAGCCAACAUCGCGGCCAACCUGAUAGCAUUCUUGGCUGUACUGGAGUUCAUCAAUGCUGCCCUCGCUUGGCUGGGAGGCAUGGUCAAUCUGCCAGAACUCUCCUUCCAGGUACCAUCCACAAGGCAGCCACCCUGUGAGUACACCAGGGUGGUCAACGGAUGCUAAGAGGGAAUGAUAUGUGUAUUGUCACUUAUUGGCUCUCUUGCCCUCUCACUCAAUGGGUUGCCAGGGCAAGGACAGGUCAGACAUCUGAACCGACUGGUGCAGAGGGCUUUCCCCUACUGCUUCCAUCUGUCAGAAUGCUGUCCGCGGCUCCCGGCUGGUUGCCCAGGAAAGUAUAAAGACAAGGAAAAGUUUCUUGCCGUCCUUUAUUUCAAUCUUUACAGAGAGAGGCUAUAGAACCCAGCCUUUUGGAUAAUGGUGUUGUCCCGAGUGAAUCUCCACCCCGUCUCUCCCACUUCCUCAUUUGUCUGUCUCAUCAUCUCCUCUAUGGGUGCUGCUACGUGCCCUCUGUCUUUGAGCUCUUUGCUCUCCUACUUUUAAGGCUCGCCGGGUUCUGGGAGAUGGAGGGUUUGGGAUGCUUUCUAAUGACGUGUCAACUGGGUCUUGUUCUGGCUCUCCCAUUAUUUCCCAACUUUUCCCCUCAUCUGCCUCUGGGCUGUGACCUCCCUCAAACCCAUUGUAAAUCUAUGUCUUCCUCUUCCUCCUCCAUGGAAGGGUUAGGAUAGGGAGGCGGCCUCCACCAUUACUCUGCCCAGUCCCUUACACCAUCACUCUGCCCAUUUCAAUUUCCUGUCCCCAUUUCCCCCCAUUUCACUCUCCAGGCUCCCCCUGCCCACAUGAAAUUAGGUUGAGGGCCACAGGUUGCCUAUCCCUAAUCUUGCCCUCUCCUAUAAUCUUAGUGUGGAGGAUUUACUGUGGAUUCACGACAGAUGUGGGGGAGGGGGUAGCUGGGCAGGAGUAGAGAUGGGAAGUGAGUUUGUGCCAUGGAUGAUAUGGGUGCCAGUGAGGAUGGGUGGGGAAGGUGGCCUGGGAUGGCAGAUGUCAUGUGGUUAACUGACCAUUGAUUUUAUUUCUAAACCUUUCUUUUCCCUCUGGCUUCCAGUUGAUCUGUUCCUAUGUCCUGGUGCCUGUAGCAUUCUUGUUGGGAGCAAGUUGGGAGGAUGCCCCGGUGGUAGCUGAGCUUCUAGGAAUCAAGAUAUUCUUAAAUGAGUUUGUGGCUUAUCAACAGCUCUCAGGCUACAAAGAGAAACGAUUGAAAGGACUACCCGAGUGGGACGGGACACACAAGCAGUGGAUUUCGGCAAGUGCGCCAGUCAUGUGGUGGAGGGGAAAUGUCAGUUCAAUUGACUCAUGCACCAACAUCUGUUGUGUACAACUGUCCUCCAGACCCAAACACUGCAACAAUACCUGACCAUUGUGCAGUUGGGUUUGAGGCUAGGGACACAGCACAGCAGAAAGUGGUUGUAUAUUGGACUGAAUGAGAAAUUGGAUUCAGUUCACUUUUAAAGGCAAACCUGCCCACUUCUCAUUUUCCAAAGUAAUACUGAAACGCAGCAAAUCCUUUGAAAUUUGCACUUCUCUGAAUUUUGUACUCUAGUUCUCCUGUCAAGUGAUGUGUGCAAAAAUGCAUGUACAGUACCUUGAUUUUCAAACAGCUUAGUUUUUGAACGUUUGGCUCCCAAACGUCAGAAACCCAAAAGUGACUGUUCCGGUUUGCGAACUAUUUUUGGAAGCUGAAUGUCCAACGGAGCUUCUGCAGCUUCUGAUUGGCUGCAGGAGCUUCCUGCAGUAGCCAAGAAAUCACUAACUGCAGUAGCAAUGUGUAGUAACAAACUGAACUAAAGACUAGGCAAAUGAGAAAUGGAGAAAUUAAAAUGAGAAAGUCACCUAUUCCGGUUGCACAUCAGCAACCUUGUGUGUGCAACAGCCCCAUGGUUUUAUAGUAAUAUAUGCAGGAAAGCGAUGAAGCCCUGGCACAGGAAACCAGCAUGAAAACCCUGCACAUCCCGAAGCUCAUUGCUGCCUUCUGUGUUGGCAGUGGAACUCGAUUACCCAAAUCCAACAAGUCAUUUUUCUUUUGUCCCUUGCUCGUUUUCUCUUGGGUACCCAGGAAGUUUCCCUAUAUCAAGUCAUCCAGCCCAGUGUUGCCUGUUGUGACUGGCAGCAGCAAUUCAGGGUUUCCCACCCCCUGCUACCUACUCCUUUUAAACUGAAAAUGCCAGGAACUGAACCUGGCAUUUCUGCCAUGGAAAACAGGGGUGGGAGACCUUUUAGGCUUCAUGGGCCAAAUCUGACAGGUGUGUGGGGUUGCCCACACAUCAAUUGCCUCUAGUCGAAGACCUCAGGUAAUUUGGCACUUUGAAGUCCUGAAGUUGAGACUUCAAAGCACCCCAUGCCGCCCCAGCAUUGGGUGUAUGAGGGUGUUCCCCAAGGGAACACUAGAUCCAGCAGGCUUUGACUCUACCACCUAUCUGCAAAUGAAUACCGUUUGCCAAAGCCCACUUUCCCUUGCCAGUGCACAACAGAGAGUGCACUUAAAGGCUGUCAGUUGUGACCUGGUAGUUGCAUCUCUACCUGCUCCACCCUUGAUCAUAUAUGACACCAAGCACCAGGCAUGUAGGUAUAGUUUGGGGGAAACAGCCUCAUGGGCCAAAUAUGAAUUCCUGGCAGGCUGGAGGCUCCCCACCCUGAUGCAAAAGCAUUUGCUCUGCUCCUGAGCUAGUGUCCUCCUCCAGAAUCACAAGGAGCCAUGCUGCUUCUCAAUUCUAUCGCCCAGCUCUGGUCCCAGCGGCCAUUCCUCAGGUGCUCCAUCAUCAGGCUGUUUGGGUUCUUGGCUCCAUUUACUCCACCCAGGCAACAGACUUGGAGUAGCUGAAGUCUUCUCCAUUCAGCACCCCUAUUCCCCCAUAUUUGAUCUUGAGUCCAAUAUUUAUAUAGUAAAACAAACACAACAUUUAUUCAGGAAAGUAAUGAAGUUACAUAGGUUGGGUUAGGUUUGAGAGAAACUAGGAGGGCUGUUCACAAACAGUCAACAAUUAAAAUGCACUUUCCAUUAUAGCACUUAGACGGCUGCCUUAAAUUUGCACACGAAAUAACUUUCAACCCGUUUGAAGGAAACCAAUAUUCCUCAUUUGCCAUAUAUGUUUUGAUUCCUUGUCCACAGUCCUCCCGUUGCGGGAUGCUGUUUUGGACUCACAUGCAAUACAAAGGCAUGGGUUUUGGUGCAAACAGCGAAGUAGGAGCCUCAGAGUGAACCUAAUGCGCACCCAGCCCUUGGAUUUCCAUCAGAAAAAUGUGCCUUCAUAUUUCCCGAGGAAUCACAGGGCUGGCCCCUCCCUCCCAAAAAAGAAAAUACAUGAAGGAUUCUGACAAUGCAUCCUGGGUAAUCCAUGUUUAGGAGGUAGGUAAGCUGUCCAAGUGAGGCAAUGAAGGGACAGAGUUUGCUAGACUUGAAAGAAGCAUGUUCUCUUGUGUACACUACUAGCCAGACUAGGGUGAGCCUUGCAGCUCCCAAACUCCUGGUGAGCAAAGCAAGAUGGAAAAAUACUAUUUCUUGCAAAGAUCUGGGCUUCUACACUCCAGCUUGCCGUGCAUCUUGGUGCAGAGGCGGUCAAUGUGGUGCCCUACAGAUGUUGGACUACAGCUCCCAUCAUCCCUCACCACUGGCCACACUGGCUGGGGCUGAUGAGUUGGGAGUCCAACAAGGUCUAGACGGCACCCCUGAUCUGUUGAUCCAGAACUCAGAAACAAGGAGCAACCCCUCAACUAGCUAGCACUGAGUUACUGUAUGCUCUUGAUUGCAUUGGGAUGCUGAUGCUGCUUCCCACAGAGCAUCCCUGCAACAGGGCAAAGAGAGAGGCCAGUAUUCAGUAUGGCAGGAGUGAUUGGCAUGGGGCCACUUGUGCUGUUACAGCAGAACUGAUCACAUUGUCUCUCUUGUUCCCCAGGAGAGAGCUGAAAUCAUAACAACCUUUGCUCUUUGUGGAUUUGCCAAUCUGAGCUCCAUUGGGAUCAUGCUGGGAGGCUUGAGUAAGUUGGCCAUCCGGUGAGGAACAUGUAAGCUCUGAGAUCAGGAGGAGAAACUCUCCAGCCCAUAGCUAUGUCUCCAACUGCUGUGGCUUCCUGGAACUGCCUGCCCCGGCUAACACACUGGAGACACUUGGGGGGUUUCGACCUGGUGUGAACAAAUCAGGAGGAAACCCCAUAUAUAGUCACUUGAUCCAGUUCAUCCUGCUCAUCCAGCUAUUUUUUUUGUGUGUUAAGCGUCCAUGGCACCUCAACGCAAGGGUGAAUUUUCCAGCAUCGUUCCCCGGGCUUUGUUCACUGGAGCCUGUGUGUCCCUGAUCAAUGCAUGCCUCGCAGGUAACAUAUGGGUGUUUGGUGGCAGAAUGGGGCCCAAGGGUUCAAGGAAAGGGAGCCUAUGGCUCUCUGGGUGUUACUGAACUCCCAGCUAGCUCAACCAAUGGUUAGGGAUGAUGGGAAUUGUUCCUGCAUCUGGGAGGCCACAGAUCCCCAUGCCAGGAUUAGAGGAAAGGGUCAGUUAGCCCUUGUCACAUUCAAAAUCAGGAGCCAUAAGGAUCCUGGGAGAACAAAAAGAGGGGGAAAGGAGAAACUAACUGUUGGAACAUGUAGGAAGCUGCCUUAAUCUGAGUCAGACCAUUGGUCCAUCUAGCUCAAUACUGUCUACUCUGACUGGCAGUGGCUCUCCAGGGUUUCAAGCAGGGGACAUUUCCAGACCCACCAGGAGAUGCUGGGGUUUAAACCUGAGAUUGAUUUCCGCACACAAAGCAAAUAGAUGCUCUGCCACUAAGCUACAUCCAUUCUGGAGAGAAGGGAGAGGUCAAGCUAUAUCCGAGGGCUAGGAUUUAUGAUAGCCAUACAUGGAAAAAAGGGAUGCACUCAGCCAACCCCAAAGAACCUUGCUUGUCCCAUCAAUAUACUAUGCAGACAACAAUGCCAUACAAAAGGCUGGUGGACAAAGUCACUCCCAAACACUGAGUACCAGCCCAAAGACAUGCAGAUCUCCUGGGCAAGUGCCACCAAUUGUAUAUAACUCUCACCAACUUCCCAGCCUUCUCUCAUGGACUCUGCAACCCACAACAGGUAUCCUUUAUGUGCCCAGAGGAGGGGUGACUGACUGCCUAGACUUCUUCAGCGAAACCAACCUAAACUCUACCAGCUACCCAGUCUAUAUUUGCUGCCAAGACUUGUUCACCUGGUGAGUGUAUUCCUCUUACCCAUUCCCCUUGCAGUGCUGAUGUUUCAAAAGCCACAUGGUCACCUCCAGCCAGCAGGGGAAGUGGGAGCAGUAAGUUAUAGGGAAGCCAGGAGAUGAUCAGAUGCCCAUGCAAGUGUGUGCAACAUCGCCUGGUUGUGCCAGCACCAACAGAAGGCAUAGCCAGGCACCUGCUAAGGGCCCACAGUCAAUAAUAAUAAUAAUAAUAAUAAUAAUAAUAAUAAUAAUAAUUUAUUAUUAGGGGUUCUGCCAAUCAGAGCUCCCUGGAGCUGCUAUUUCUCUUCAGCACUGCAGGCCCCCUGUUUACCCACUUCUGACUCGGAUCCAAGGGGAGUAAUGAUGCAAACAGGGAGCAGGAGCAGGAACUGCUGCCAGCUUGCUCACUAGUUCUCGGCCUAACAAGCAAGCAGGCAGUAGCAAUGGCGCAGAAGAGAGCAGCUGCCUCUGGUGACAAUGGUGGUCGCAGGGGAGCAGCACCACAGAGGGGGAGCCCAUUGAAGGUAUCUUGCCUAAGAGCCUCCCUGAAACAGGUAACUUGGCACUGCCCGGCUCUGUGCAUUUCUGUGCUGGAGGCAAAUAUGUGGCGAUGCUCUCAUUCUGCGCUGUCAUCUCAUUUGCCACCUGGCCAGUCUUAAACCAUCCUCUCGGAAUGUGCUACUAUUGGGACAAUUUUUUUUAAAAAUGCACAUAUAUUUAAAUGAAUUAGAUGUGCUCACAUCUUUUUUGCUUCUACUUUUGGGGCAAGCCAAUUAUGGUAGCUGCCUAUUCUUUUGGUUGGGAGUUGGGAGUGUGAAAUCCAAAAGCACAGGAGAUGUCCCUGGAAAAGGCAGAGAGGUAACCCUCUAGAAGCCAAUUCAACGACAUACCGUUGUUUGCCUUGGUCUCCCAGUCAUUUCUUUGAUGUGUUUAAAGGAUCUUAAGAGAGCAGGUUUCCUGGAAGGAAUCUGUUUCUAGACAAAGAGCUUUUAGCUGUCAAAUAUUUGGUACAUCGCUCUCUGGUUCAGUGAAGGUUUUUGGCAGGCCUAGCUUCUGCCGAAUCUCUCUCUUUACAACUUAAAAGACCUGCUGCGUCAGACCAAAGGUCCUUCUAGUCCAACAUUCAACAAGGUGGCAAACUACUCUAGGAAGCCCACUGGCAGGAUGCAAGGAAAAGAGCCCCCCUCCCAUGUUUCCAGCAACUGGUAUCCAGAGGCAGCCUGCCUCUGAUAUGGGAGGUAGUAUACAUUCAUCGUGACUAGUUGCCCCCAAAAGCCUUAUCCUCCAUGAACCCAUCUAAUCCCUUUUGAACACCGAUCAAGUUGCCAACCAUCGUUACACCUUAAAGCUUAAAACGUGGUGGCAGCAGCUGAGUUCUGGAACGCAACAGCCCUAGAGUGCCUGAACUUCUGGAUUUUACAGACAGAAUCUCAGCUCAGCAAUGAAGCUGGUGGAAUUAUGUUCAAACUCUACACAGAGCUGGUCAUGUAACAGAGUGACUCUCAGCAGGAAAGUGAAGCUUUUGUCCUUAUCUCUUAGAGAAGCUGGGCAGAGGGGUUUGCAGUGCUCUAAAGUGGAAGAUGAGUCUGCACCAACACCAUUUCUGGGAGCCCUACGGCUUCUUGCCACCCAUUGACCCCCCAAUGAAGUGGAGAUAUUUUUUGAAGAGGGAAAGCAUUGACUCUUAUGCCAUUGCCUGCCUUGUGUACUGCUUGCUAUUUUGAAGAUUGAACCAAUUCUUCUAUUAGGGAAAAGAGAGUCUAUGGCACCUUCCUGUCCGUGGACAACUCCCUGUGAGAAUGGCUGCUCAGGGAAGGCGAUUUGAUGGUGGACUGGUGCCUGCACACAAGAGACUGAAAGCCCUUAAGAACAUGCAGCGAGGCAACAUGCCGAAGAAAAGCACCCACUAUUAGAUGUAUGGGAGACAGCAUGAAAGUGUAGUGCCUGGUACCAGAGCAGUGCUUCCGGGAAUGCGACAGGCUCAGUCCCUUCAAUGCUACGUGUGAAAGCCAAAGGAAGCCCGUUAGAGACAGGUCAAAAGUUGACCUGGAGGGAGAGACACAGACAUCAGACAUCAGACAGUACUGGGGACAUUACGGCUGUCCUCAAUCCACAAAAAUAGAUUGAGGUUCAAACUGUUGGGUCACAGGCAAAGAAGCAUCACAGCAGCUGCAAUGCAACCAGUGGGGCUUCCUGCAAUUCAAACUGAAUCCCAAACGUAUCAAACAGAGUAGACGAACAAAGAUCAUGUACAAUGACAACACAAUGCAGCCAAUGGGGAAAUGCAACAGUUGUGGAAAACCAGAAAGACCUGUUGUGUAGAGUUCUGCAAUGGAGGCCACGGGCAUGAUCCAAGGCCUAGCAUCAGAAUUUUCUUUCCUCUGUUCAGAAAAAAAAGAGUGCUUCUUCCAUGUGCAAUGGAGAUUUUACAAACAUACUAGGAUAUUGUCAUUAGUGAAGCAUUCCUGGAUGGUGCAACCUGAGGUAGACUCAGCAGCAGCAGUAGUUUACAUGCCAUGAAAGACUCCUCCUGCUGCAUCAUAUAAUCCAGCAAGAGAGCAACUUGAAAUGCUCCACAGCAGUGAUACCUCAGCAUCAGCAGAAGCCACUGCUUCCUGUGUAUACACCACCUUAGUGGUAAAGAAGUGAUCAGGCAAGCUGCACUGACCAACCAAGGCCUAAACUCGAACACUGGAGAAAUCCAAGAUCCAGUACCUACAGUAGAUAAAACACUGCCAGAAUUUCCUAUCAAGAACUGCUGUGGCUUGAACUAGAAACCUUCCCGUCUGUGUAGAGCUAGCCCAUGUGCCAAGCCACAGAACUGCAUGUAGGAGCAUUUGCCUAGCAAUUAAGCAUUUGUAGGCCCUGGACUGACUCUGCCCACACAUACUGGCCACUGGACCCUCCUGGUCAGGAAGGGCUAUAAAGAGCUUUCUGCUUUGGCUAGACCUUGGCCUGAGCAACAAGGCCUAUCAAGCUCUGAUAUGUUUUUCACCUUUGGUCCUGACUUUUGGCUUGCUUUUCAAUUCUGGCUUUGCUCUUCGGACCUGCCUUCUGGCUUUGCCCUUUGGCCUCCUGGAUUGCUCCUUCCUGCUGGCUUUGGCCUCAGCUCCGACAUCUAGAUAGCCCUUUGGUUGUGAUUUCUGCUUGAUUCAACUCUGCCUUCCCAGAUUGCAUCUUGGUUUCAGCCUCAUAGCUCAACUGCUAGCUCCUGGUUCCCUGUCCCUGGUUCCUCUGACUUUCAAAAGCUAGAAUCUUCUAUGUUCUUCUCUGCGAUACAAAGAACAGAUUUUGGCACACGUUACUAAAUAAGGAUUCCAGCACGCUUGCAAUCUCUGCAACUCCAUUUAGUCACUUUGGGUGGCUUCAUAUGCCAGUGGGGAUCUGUCCAGCAUUACAGAGGUCUUUCAGAGCAGACUUAGAAGGGUGGAGUGAAAAUAAAAGAAGAGAAUAUCCACAUAGUAGAUGAAGGCUGUGCAGGAUCAUGGCAGGAAAUCAAAAGCAUUUCCACAACGAUGCAAAGACAAAGACAUUAAACAGAAGGCAGGAAAAAAUGCAGGUGAGAAAGAUAAAGUUAACAUAUGAUGGACAGGUAUGGAGGCUCAAAAGACCCUCACACACUUGAGGCAACCUGAGCCAUGCCAGCUCCAGAAGUGCAAUACAUUAUUGGAAUGUUUUGUCGCCCAAGUUCUGUCUUCAUUUGGCCACAAUUGUGAAGCCAAUGUGACAACUUACCAGAAGGAAGUUCAGUAGGAAUGAAGAGGUCCACAAUACCACACAUUCAUUUCAGAGAAAGAAACAAUUGCUAAUGCCCCAGCCUUGCAGGACUGUCAGACAGAACAACAAACAGACACUCCAAUGUAAUGCGUCUAAGAAAGGCCUCAGACCUUUCACUGGGCCACCUAAUGGCCUUUGUGAGCACACCCUACAGGGGACUGGACAGAGUUAUAACCAGACACAGAAUUCCUUGCAAUGAAUUUUUAGAGUUUAGCAAUUCCAGCAACAACCUAUGGUCAUGCAGUCAAUGCUAUCACUUUAGACAAUAACAACAAAGCCACCUCCUGAGUGCUCAAAGAGAUUACUGUGUAAUACUAUGAUGUCCACACUGAUGACAGGUAGUUAGCAGACAUCCUUAGCAAAGCAUAUACAGCCAAUGGCAAAAAAUCUACAGAAAGGGGCAAAGACAUUGAAGGGAUCAGUACAUUGCACUAUCUCCCAAUAUCAGCAACCAAUAUCCAUGAAAUUGAGGAGGCUGCUGAAGAAUACAUCUAGGUGCACUGUUAAGGAAGCAAUAGUAAAAGGAUGGACUGAAGACAAGAAUCAGCUACCACCAGGAGCAGAACAAUAUUUCCUAAUCAAAGAUGACUUCACUGUGGAAGAAGGAAUCUUUCAUUUCAAAGCAGAGAACAGUUGUUCCAGCCUUCUUGCAUGAGAAAGUUGGGGAAAAACACUUGGGCAGAGUGUGUUUACUGGCCAGGAAUGAACACACACCAGGAAUUAAUUAUUGAUAGCAGGAUGUGACUCCUGUUGAUCAUGCAUAAAUCAACAACAUAGAUUCUUCCACUGCAUGUGCUACCCAUAAAAAUCAUGGGGAAAUGUUGGAGUUAUGUUGCUCACCUUCAGGGAGCAGGAGUUAUCUGGUCACAUUGGAUUACUACUCCCAAUUUCUGGGAGAUUGAAGGCAAUUCAGAUGCUAGAAAUAAGGCAGUCAUCCGUAAACUGAAGGCUCAUUUUGCAAGAUUUGGUGUCCCCAACACAGUGUGUUCAGAUAAUGGGACUCAGUUUGCAUCUGAGAACUUCAAUUCCUUUGCAAAGAAAUGGGAGUUCUCCAGUAUACUCACAACGUAAUGGCAACACAAACUGCUAUGUAAACAGCUAAAGCAAUUUUCUAGACAAGGCAAUGUUAUGAGACUCUGACUCCUUCUUAAUCUUCCUGGCACAGAUCCAAAUGGUGUUGCCAAUGACAGGAGACAUUCUGCAACUAACAAGAGGAGGGUAAUGCAGAAAAGAAAUGGCCAGAAAACAAUCAGAGGAAGCAAGCAUCUCUGCACACUAGAGCAACCAAGGAGUCUCUCUCUCUCAGACUCCAGGCACUCCUAACCACUUGGCAUGAAUCAGAGGAAGUGCCCAAAAGAGAGGAAGCAGCAUGCAGGUCCCAAUUUCGCUGAAUCCCUUUCUUUACAAAUUGCACAAUCUCAAUGAGCAUGUGGCCCACCUGGGCCAAGCCUGCCUCCGGAACUUGUGGAUUGUGUGGAUUAGGUGUCCUGUACCUUUUUCAAAAAUUAAGCCAGAUUCCCACCAUCAUUUGAAGAUGUGAUGGUGGGAGAACUAGGAUCCUCCAUCUUUUUGAUAAGCUGGGAGUAAAGCAAAGGUAAAGGGACCCCUGACCGUUAAGUCCAGUCGCGGACGACUCUGGGGUUGCAGCGCUCAUCUCACUUUACUGGCCAAGGGAGCCGGCGUUUGUCUGCAGACAGCUUCCAGGUCAUGUGGCCAGCAUGACUAAGCCGCUUCUGGCGAACCAGAGCAGUGCACGGAAACGCCAUUUACCUUCCCGCUGGAGCGGUACCUAUUUAUCUAUUUGCACUUUGACGUGCUUUCAAACUGCUAGGUUGGCAGGAGCAGGGACCGAACAACAGGAGCUCACCCCGUCGUGGGGAUUUGAACCACCGACCUUCUGAUUGGCAAGCCCUAGGCUCAGUGGUUUAGACCCACUGGGGGUGGGGGAAUAUAGUGUCCUCUGGUCAGAGGAUGGUGUCUCACAUGGUCAAGUUGACUACAAUGUCCAUUUGAACCAGUACUGGCUACACUGACAGCAGCUCUUAGGAGUCUCAGGCAGAGCAAGGUCAUCUCACAUAUCCUGCUCCCUGGACCUUUUAGCUGAAGAUGCCAGGGACUGAACCUGAGGUCUUCUGCAUGCAGCGCAUUGCCACUGUGCUAUAGGCCCUCCGGCUUAGAUCAGACUAAUUCAACUGCAUUGCCACCACUGGGAACUGCAAGUGUCAUGGAGGCAGGGGAGCAAGUCUGCUUGCCUGCAUCCGCCUAACCAAAGGUCAAGGCAGCACACUUUUAAAAAAUACAAUUUUAAAUGUGGGAGGGCCCAUGAAUGCAUGCUGGUGAAGCUUUUCUUCAUGGCCACCUGUGCAUACAUUUGCAACGAUGAGCUAAGCACUUCAGCGAUCUGUGCAUUAUAUUCCGUUUUGACCCCAUAUGCUGCUUGUGGCGUAACUGUGGCCAUUUCAGUGUCCCUGGAGGUCUUUCUUGUGAAGAUGAGCAUGACCAGCAGAUGGCACUCAUUUUCCUUUGAAAAACAUUUAUUGCUGGCUGGUUUGGAAGAUUCAGCAAUCCUGUAAUAGUCCAGCAACAUGAGGAACACAAGUUCCCUACCUCUAAUCCAAGUCUUUCUCAGCCCUACCUGCAGAUGCCAGAAACUGAACGUGGGAUAUUUUUCAUACAAAGCAUGUGCUCUAUCACUCAACAAUGGGGCUUUCUCCAAAUGACAAUAUAUGGCCAAUGGCAUGAGAAAAGGAGCAGACUUUACAGCCUGUAGCCACCAGAAGUGCCACCUGGGUCACCUCCUGAGUCAAUGUCACAACCAAUUAAAAUGUUUGCAUCUGCCUGUACCUUCAGAUGCAUUCAAGAUUUUCUUAACCAUGAGGUUGAGAAAAUGAAAGUUGAAAGUUUUUGGAUUCUAAAAAAAAUGACAUGUCGGCUGCAGUCCUACCCACACUUGCCUAAAAGUAAGCCCCAUUAAACUAAGUGGCAUUUAUUUCCAAGGAGGCAUGAACAGGAUUAAGCGGCACAACUACCAGAAUUUGCAGUGAAGUCAGAAGCUGCACAACAGCAUGACGACAAUGUAGGUUACUUCCUCCAACACCAUUUUUACUUCGUCAUCUUUAUUCCAGUAGUUCUUAAUCAGAGCACCAUGGUGGACUUUCCAGUUUCAGAAGAUGCACAUCUUCACCUGGACGUUUGAUACUUGAGAUGCGUAUGUUUAGGACCCACUUUAUUUCUGCAAUUUUAAUUUCUACUGGACUUUAUUUUGUGCUUUAAUUGUUGCCACCUGCCCUGAGAACACAGGAUGAAGAGUGGGUAAAUAAUAAUAAUAAUAAUAAUAAUAAUAAUAAUAAUAAUAGCUGUUAUUAUUAUUAUUAUUAUUCCUGAGCAAUGGUGUUUCUUAUUAAAGCACUUAAGCGAAUGCAUGUGUGCAGGAAAACCAUUAGAUGUGCCUCUUUGAUUGGAUAUGAAUCGAUGGGCCAAGGUUGCAAAGCAGCCAUGCUCUUGCCAGGUCCCUUUUAUCAAAAUAAAUGCUCUUGAUUAGUGCAGGCAGAUUAGAAGGAUAUUUUGGUGCCAGGAGAAGCAAUCUUGAUCCUUUACUUUCUCAUAUAUUUUUCUUUCUUUCAUAGCACCUCAACUGCAACAAACGGUUCCCUUUCUUUCUCUGGCAUUUGGGAAAGCUUGGAUGUUGGGACUUCGGCAAUGUAUCUGCAACAGUGCUGCGCUCACUAUAAUGCCACAGCCUGUCCCAAGCCAUAA